UCGGGGUCAAUACUGUACUGUUUAGCAUCAAUUUGUCAAUAAAACCGUACAAAUAGUAUUUGUUGAGUGCCGGUUUAUACAGCAGCCAUAGAGGUAACAGGCAACAUGUUUUUCUUUAACUCGUGUAAUUUCGUCUUGUGAACUCAGUGGGCCGCUGUUGACCAGCGCCUUAGCGUUUAAAUUUAUAUUUAUAUACUAGGACAUCCCCUGUCCUCUCACAAGCGAGAAGGACUCCGAAGCAUAACGUACAGUCGACGGUAGAUGAACCACCAUGCACGGAAUAUCAAGUUGGAAUAAUAUCAUCUUCAAUCGUUGAUCAAACAGAUCCUUCUGGAUUAUUAUUUUUUUUAAAUUUGGGGUAGCUGAAUGCAAAAGAGAGGAGAACACGUUAGUUUGAUUCGACGGAUGAGCCUGUUAGAACAAUGAGCCGGCAAGUACUGUUGUUUUUCUCGGUCCUGUGUCUCAGUUCAGUUCUCGGCCAGGUCAGCUACUCAAUUCCCGAGGAAAUGGCCAAAGGCUCCUUGGUCGGUAACAUAGCUCAGGAUCUAGGUUUAGAUGUUAAACGAAUACAAGCGGGUAAAGCUCGCAUCCACACAGGAGACAGUGCAGAAUACAUCCAGCUUAACAAGGAAAAAGGGCUCCUCAUUAUCAAGGAGAAAAUAGACCGCGAAGCUCUCUGUGGUCAGACAACGCCUUGCGCUUUGCAUUUCCAAAUUGCCUUAGAAAACCCAAUAGAAAUAUUCCCGAUUACUGUCGAAAUCACAGAUAUUAAUGACAAUGCUCCCGUAUUCGAAAAGGAGGAGAGAAGGUUUGAAAUAAGCGAGUCAGCGGUCAUCGGCUCUAAGUUCAUGCUAGAGAGAGCAAUAGAUCCUGAUAUAGCACGGAAUGGUCUUCAGAGCUAUACACUGAAGCCCAGUGAUCAUUUUAUGCUUAAAUUGCAUAGUCAGUCUGAUGGCGGUAAAAAGGUCGAAAUGAUUUUACAGAAACCUCUGGAUAGAGAGAAACAGGAGUUUGCAUCAUUACUGUUAACGGCUAUAGAUGGAGGAGAACCGCAGAGGUCUGGGACUAUGCAGAUUCAUAUUACUGUAUUAGACGCUAAUGAUAACGCUCCUGUUUUUACACAAAACAUUUACAAAGCAAAUGUAAAAGAAAACGCCAUCACAGGAACACUAAUUACAAAACUGAGUGCCUCCGAUGUAGACAAAGGCUCGAAUGGAGAGGUUAGCUACGUAAUUGGAAAUAGCAUGAGCAGCAUUUCCAAAUUAUUCCUCGUUACUGAAGACGGCCAUCUUAUAUUAAAUGGGCCUAUUGAUUACGAAAAAGCCAAAAAGUAUGAGAUUGAUAUAGAGGCAGUUGACCGAGGUGGUUUAUCUGAUUCAAGCAAAGUGGUUAUUGAUGUAGGUGACAUUAAUGACAAUAGUCCCAUUAUUAAUAUGAUUUCAUCAUCAAAUUCAAUAGGAGAAGAUUCUCGUCCCAACACUGUAGUAGCUGCAAUGAGUGUAAAUGAUCCUGAUUCUGAAGAAAACGGCAAGGUCCGAUGUGUAAUUGAUAAAAAUAUACCAUUUAUAAUUACACCUACAUCCACUAAUUUCUACAGCAUCGUGACAUACAGUGAAUUAGACAGAGAGAGAGCCUCUGAGUAUAAUAUAACUGUGAGCUGCUCUGAUGAGGGAGUGCCCUCCCUCUCCAGCAGCGUCACUCUCACCUUACAGAUCUCUGAUGUGAAUGAUAACGCGCCUGUCUUUGAGAGGAGCUCAUAUGAGGCCUACAUUGUAGAAAACAACACACCAGGUCUCUCUAUAUUCACAAUGAAAGCCAGAGACGCUGACUGGAACCAGAAUGCCCGUGUUUCUUACAUACUGGAGGACUCCUCUGUUAACGGAGUGCCAGUCUCCUCAUAUGUGUCCGUUAGUGCUGAUAGUGGAGUCAUCCAUGCAGUGCGCUCUUUUGACUACGAGCAGAUCAAAGACUUCCACUUCCGCGUCAAAGCGCAGGAUGGAGGCUCUCCUCCACUCAGUAGCAAUGUGACUGUGAAAAUACUGAUCCAGGACCAGAACGACAACCCUCCUCAGGUUCUGUACCCAGUCCAGACUGGAGGCUCUCUGGUGGCUGAAAUGGUGCCUCGUUCGGCAGAUGUGGGCUAUCUGGUCACUAAAGUGGUGGCUGUUGAUGUGGACUCUGGACAGAAUGCCUGGCUCUCCUAUAAACUGCAGAAAGCCACAGACAGGGCGCUGUUUGAAGUGGGCUUACAGAAUGGAGAAAUAAGAACUAUCCGCCAAGUCACUGAUAAAGAUGCUGUGAAACAAAGACUGACUGUUAUAGUGGAGGACAACGGGCAGCCCUCUCGUUCAGCUACAGUCAUUGUUAACGUGGCGGUGGCGGACAGCUUCCCUGAAGUGCUGUCUGAGUUCACUGACUUUACACACGACAAGGAGUACAAUGACAACCUGACUUUUUACUUAGUGUUGGCUUUGGCUGUAGUUUCCUUCCUCUUCAUCACGUGUUUAGUGGUUAUUAUAUCAGUAAAAAUCUACAGAUGGAGACAGUCUCGCAUCCUGUAUCACUCCAAUCUCCCUGUGAUUCCAUAUUAUCCACCACGUUACUCAGACACUUUGGGGACAGGGACUCUCCAACACGUGUACAAUUACGAGGUGUGCAGGACGACUGACUCCAGAAAGAGUGACUGUAAGUUCGGCAGAGCUGGUAGUCAGAACGUGCUGAUAAUGGACCCCAGUUCUACAGGGACGAUGCAGCGGAUACAGAGUGAGAAGAACAUCCUGGAUGAACCAGACUCUCCUCUAGAGGUUAGAAAGGUGUUACAUCACACGUCUUCCCCUAUUACUUAUCACUAUCAGACGCUUUAUUUAAGUGCACCAGCAUUUUGGUAA